UGUGUAUGAUGUUUUACUUUCUUACUUUCAAUAUAUAUGUUAUAUAAAACCAGUUUCGUUGGUAUGAUAUAUAAGGUAUAUAAAAGAAGAUGUGGUAUGAUUACCAAUGAGACAACUGCCCACAAGAGACCAAAAUAAGCUAAUGGUAAAAAGAAUGAAACACUGCGAAGUGCAGUGAGUGUGUUAUAUAACAGCAUGGACACAGACACAUUUGAACUGAGAUACAACACAGUUAUCAACACCAAGAGUGAUACUUCGAUUUUUGUCUUUUGUAUAAAUAUUUGAAAUAUUGAUAUACAUCGGUAAGAUUAUGGAAGAUCAUGUUUUCUGCAAACGUCACCCUGCAAGACAUAUAGAAUAUUUUUGCAAUAUACACGAAAAACCUUUAUGUUAUGAGUGUAAGCAGGAUGGACACAUUUCGUGCAAAGACACAUCAAAUAUUUCUGUAGCCGUUUCUGAUGUUAAAAAUAGAAAUAUAUACGAAGAUACCACACACUUACUUCAAUAUCAUCUUAAUCAGCUGAACUUUAUACCAGCAAGGGUUGCCAGCAACCUCUUAAAACUCGAAAGGGAGAAAGUCGUUUUUAAGAAUACGUUAACAUUCUAUAGAAGGAAGGUUGAAAAGCAUCUUGAUGAUAUGGAGGCCAGUAUACUAAAAAAAUAUCAGAACAUUUAUGACGAGCAAUGCUUAAAUCUGAAGAAACAACAGAAUUUUUAUACAGUACAAAUAGAGCAACUGGAACAUGAUUUAUACGAGCUUGAAAAUAUGUCUGGACUAACAGAGAUUGAAUCUUUCUUGACAAUUAAACGUAUUGCUGGUGGUGCUAGUGAAUUGUUGAAUCCAGACGCCGUUAGUGAAAUUUCUAUUGACUUUACUAUGGCCAAGGAAAUGUUAACAUUCCAAAACAUCUCUUCACUUGGAACUAUAGAUAUACAAAAAAAACUACCAAUAGAGGCAAAUAGACCACCACUUUUAGCAGACGAUACCACUGUUUCUCUUGAAAUAAAACCUUGUUUUGAAUUUUUGAAGAAACUAGACAUUCAAACAGGAAAAGAUGAAUUAGAAAUAAUUGAUAUAAAAGAGUUGGAUGAAGGCGUUUUUAUCAUGACAAACCGAUUAUCUGAAAAUAUCAUCGUGCAUGAUAUGAACAAAAACACUACCAGAGAACUGUCAAUAGGAGACUAUCCCGAUAGCAUCGCUGUUAUCGACAAAAUGGUGGUAGCGGUAACACAGGGACGAAGAAAUGUUAUGAUCGUCGGCGUUGUUACAGGGAGAGUUCUCAACUGUAUUGAUAUGGACGAUGAUAUAGAAGGUUUGACCACUGUUGCAGCUAAACUAAUCGUCAAUUGUAAAACCAAAGGGCUCCAGAUACUUAAUAUAGAUGGAAAUCUUAUUGAUUCUAUUCCGCAUAUAACUGGUCGACUGUAUUUGUGUGCUGUUAGUUCAGGCGAGAUCGUGUGUGCGGAUCAAGUCAACAACAGAUUAACCUGUGUAAGAUUAGACGGAGAGAUUGUUUUUUCUUUAUCUGACCGAAAUCUUAUAUCCCCAUAUGGCAUUACUGUAGACAAGCAUGGUGAUAUAUUUGUGGUAGGAAUAGAUUCCAGCAAUAUAUACAGAGUGAGUUCUGAUGGAAAAGACAAAUGCAAAAUAAUGACGUCAAAGAACGGGUUACAACGCCCGUUUGUUAUACUCUUUUUAAAAGAUGGAAGAUUGCUAGUUUCUAACAAAAAUGGUCGAGAUGUUGAACUUUACCAGCAAAGAAGAGUACUCGUGCAAUAACAUUGAUUCAAUAAAAACGUGUAUUUAGUAAGGACCAUUGCAAGCCCGGAAUACACCACGGAUGUAUAUCAUGUGUACGGGAUUCGAGAAAUAGAUAUGCAACAGUUAUACAUGUAGACGUACAGCUAUAUGAGACUAUACAUAAGUAGACAGCGACUGAUAAUGGUUUUAGUAAAUUCCAAGAAUCAAGACAAUUGAGUUGACAUGAAUGAAAACAACUGUAUAUUACAUAGUGUCUACAACAUUAAAACCCAGCUCGCACCUUACUGCAAAGCCAA